UUCUGGUAGUUUGUUGAACAAAAACGAAAAAGUCUGCAACAGUAAUCGCAAAUGCAUUGUGACACGAAAAACGCGAAAAUGAAAAUGUGUCGUCUGUUAAGUUUGACAAGGACAGAAAUGAUGCGUACAGGUGAAGGAUGUUACCAUUGGUGAGGCAGUGUGUCAUGUCCUCCCAAAGGAGACUAAAUGUUUUACUCAGGCAUGCGAUGAUGGUCAGUCUCACAUCACGACUGACCAGUGGAACAGUAGUGUCCCAGUUUUGCUCCUCAAGUGCUGGAGAUGAGGUGAAAAAAGCGAAAGAAGCCGCAGGUGUUCGGUCGAAUGGGGAGCCCACAAUAUUUAGCAAGAUUUUGGACAAGUCUAUUCCCGCUGAUAUUAUUUAUGAAGAUAACCAGUGUGUGGCGUUCCGUGAUGUGAAUCCUGUAGCUCCAGUUCAUUUCCUGGUCAUCCCUAGAUCACCUAUCCGUCUUAGUGAAGCUCAGGACUCCGAUGAACAGUUAUUAGGACAUUUGUUGACAGUGGCCAGAAAAAUGGCAGCAAAAGAACAACUUCAGGAGGGCUACAGAGUCGUGAUCAACAAUGGAGUGAAUGGAGCGCAGUCUGUAUAUCACCUACAUGUACAUGUGAUGGGAGGUCUCCAGAUGGCUUGGCCUCCAGGGUAAACUGCCCCGGGAGAGGGAUAGGUCAUGGUUUGGAGCACAGCAUGUGUCACUCUACGUGUCUCCUUCUGAAUGAGUGUGUGAAAAGUUUCGGUCAGCUUGUGAGUUAUGCUGGAUUCUUAAGCUUACCAGAAACAGGCUACUGUUACUUUUACCUAUGGAUUUAGUAAUCAGAUAAGUAAAACUUACAGGAACGAAUUGGCUACAGAGACUAUUAUCAUCACAACAGAGAUUUUUGGCAAAAUAUGGAUGAGCGCAAGUCCUGUUGAUUUUUUGCUAUUAUUUUAGAACAGCUCAAAUGAUUAUCUUUCUCAAAAUACCAGCCUUAUCUCUGCAUGUACUGCAGUUUAAAAUCAGUAAUUACAUUCAUAAAAUCUAUUGAGAGGGUUGCAUCUUUUUUUAAAUUUUAGAAUCAUUUUAACACUACAAAUACUACAGUUACAAGUUUAAUAUUCACUGAAAGACAGUAAUUCAAGAUUUUUGUAGUAAAUACAGAGAAUUUAUUUUUAAAAUAUUCAAAUGUGGAUUUUUUUACCAAAAAUCUCCACUACAGUCUCUUUAAGUAAUGGAAGUGACAAAAUGUUGUCUUGCCAUUAAAUACCAUUAAUAAGUGAAAAUAUCAGCUACAACAUGUUUGGUAGAUCAGGUGAAAUAUCAGCUACUACCUGUGUAGUAGAUCAGGUGAAAUAUCAGCUACUACAUGUGUAGUAGAUCAGGUGCAAUAUCAGCUACUACCUGUGUAGUAGUUCAGGUGUAAUAUCACCUAUUACAUGUGUAGUAGAUCAGGUGCAAUAUCAGCUACUACCUGUGUAGUAGAUCAGGUGUAAUAUCAGCUACUACAUGUGUAGUAGAUCAAGUGUAAUAUCAAGCUACUACAUGUGUAGUAGAUCAGGUGUAAUAUCAGCUACUACAUGUGUAGUAGAUCAGGUGUAAUAUCAGCUACUACCUGUGUAGUAAAUCAGGUGUGUGAAGUAUG